GUAGCUCUUUGCUAUCUCGAGUGAUCUGUAUUUAUUCAGCACAUCUCCACCACCUAGCUACCUAGUCAACUACACAACUUCCAUCUAUCCAAAGUAUCUUUUUUCUAACCUCGAGUAUCCUCAAUUGCAUAUAAAAUGAGCUCUCUAACAAAAGUCGUCAACGGCAAGGUCGUCACCAACACCAAUGUCAAACCUCCAACUGGAUGGACAGUCAACUACGAAGACUUUGGCAGUGAAACUGAAUGGGGCGAAGAUGGAGAGGUCGCUGAUCUUGUCAGCGCUUAUGGCAUUUCCGGACAGGUCAAGCCGCUCUUCAGGACCCGGUACAGCAGCAACGAGGUCAUUUUUGUAAUUGAGAUCAACGAGCAGGAUUACAUAUACAAUGGUGAGAGUGGAUGGGUACAGCGAAUUGUCACGCCGACGGAUUUGAACGAGAUAGUGGAGUUUAUCAAUGAGCAGGGAUGGUUCCGGCUGGAGACCGAGAAUCUCGGUUGAUGAUCGAAGUCGUGCAUUGUAUGGAAUCUAUAUUGUAGUCAUAUUUGUACAGCUAUUACUCUCGGGCAGGGAGGUGCAUUGUCAGUGAUUGCAGUAUUUUAUGGCAAG